ACUAGCAUUACUAACAUCCCUCUUAAAACCAUGAAGCUGUACGUUUGCAUUUCGCUGGCCCUCUUGGCCCUUUGUGCCCCGGUUCCCUCGGCCGGUUUGUUGGGCGCCAAAUUGGCUCUGCUGAAGGCCAUUGGCGGCGGUCUCGGUGGCGGUGCCUCCACCGGAAGUGGCGGAAGCUAUGGCGGCGGCUACGGCAGCGGUGGAUACUCCGGUGGCUACAACCAGGGAUACUACAGCCAGCCCAGCCGGCCAGUCUACAAUAGCGGUUAUGGCAGCUCCUCCUCGUCGGCAUCUUCCUCCGCCAGCAGCUAUGGUGGUGGCUAUGGAGGUGGUUACGGAGGUGGUUACGGCGGUGGUUACGGCGGUGGUCAGGAGCAGGUCAUCAAGGUCAUCAAGGUGGUGGAGCAGCCCUCCUACGAUUAUGGACGCUCGGCCGGCUAUGGCGGCAACUAUGGAGGAUACUCUUCCAGCGCCUCUUCCAGUGCUUCGUCCAGUGCUUCAUCCUACUCCGCUCCUGCUCCCGCUGUGACUUACUCUGCUCCUGCUCCUGCUGUGACUUACUCUGCUCCUGCUCCCGCUGUGAGCUACUCUGCUCCUGCUCCUGCUGUCACCUACUCCGCUCCUGCUCCCGCUGUGACUUACUCCGCUCCUGCUCCCGCUGUUACCUACUCCGCCCCUGCUCCUGCUCCCGUGGUGCGUGUUCAGGCUGCUCCUGCGGUGACCUACUCCGCCCCUGCUCCUGCUCCCGCAGUGACCUAUUCCGCUCCUGCUCCCGCGGUGACCUAUUCCGCCCCUGCUCCCGCUCCCGUGGUUCGCAUCCAGGCUGCUCCCGCUCCCGCAGUGACCUACUCCGCCCCUGCUCCCGCUCCCGCUCCAGUGGUGCGCUACGCGGCCCCAGCUCCGGCGCCCAUCAGCUACGCACCCGCACCCGCUCCUGCUCCCGUUUCCUACGUCCAGCAGCCGCAGAGCCAACAGGUGGUGAAGACCAUCAAGCUUAUCGUGGAUGAGGAUCGUGCUCCUGCUCAGGUCUAUGGACCGCCGGCCGUCGAGUCCAGCUACUCCAGUGCCUCCUCCUCCGCCUCCGCCUCUGCAGGUGGCUACAACACUGGUUACAAUGGUGGUUACAACACUGGUUACAACGGUGGUUACAAUGGUGGCUACAAUGGAGGUUCCAAUGCUGGCUUCUCCGGUGGUUUCGGUGGCGGCUGGAAGCGCGGCGGCAUCUUCGAGAAGCUGGUCGGCUGCUAGGCCAUA